AUGAGAGUCAGCCUGAGGUUCAUCCUAUCAUGUCUUAUAAGGAGGGUCAAAAAGACGGACCUCCCAACCUUUAUUGUCAACAAGCUGAUCAAAGCUGCCAUGAGUCACCUGGACAAGUACGUCCGGGCCAUGGAAUCAGCCCCACCUGGAGCUGACCUAGAGAAGGCCACAUUAGAGCUGUACGGCUCAGAGCUCCACUGUGUCAUGAAGAGCAGACGCACGGAACUGCAGUACCUCCGACACCUGUCAGGGGAAAUUUUCCCCUACAUUCUACCUGCAAGGUCACUCAAGUGCAAGAGCCUGUGUGCCUUGCUGAGAGAGCUGUUGUCAGCCUCAGUCUUGAUGCCUGCCAUUGACAAAAUAGCUGAUCCUAUGGCAGUGGCUACAGAACCUCCUUCUCAUGAUGUAGACCUGCUCGCUCACUUCAGCCAGCCCAGACAGGCUCCCACUGAAUCUGCACUAAGACUGGACCUGCCAGACAUCAUGAACAACCAGACCACGCUGUUCCGCUUCAUGCAGUUCCUGAAGGAUGAGGCAUCUGUCCAUGUGCUGCAGUUCUGUCUCCGACUGCAGGCCGAAAAUAGAAAGGACGGGGGCAUCCCGUGGAGAUUAUUGCCAGAUCCUCAGCGCCGGCGAUAA